AUGGGGGACGAGGAUGGCAAUGAGAAUAAUGUCGAUGUUCUUAAAACUCUGAGAAAAUCAUCAUCGGCUCAAUCAUCAAGCUUGCAAUCGGAUAUUGUUCAAUUUGAGGCUAAACAUAUUGAGGAGUAAGUUAUCGAUUUAUUAUCAGAUGAGAAGAGUUCAUUAAUGCUAGUCACACAGCUAUUGUGAUAGACUGAGACCCACGAAGCCUCUUGAACUUGAACAAGUUCAGGAGAUAGAGAAAUAUUGAGAGAAAAUCCUACUGAACGCAAAAGUGCGUCGCAGUGUUUUCACACACCAAUCCGCGGUAUUUUUUCUUGAGUCCUUCCAUAAUUAUCUAUUUUUCAAGCUUCUAGUAAAACCGAAAUAAUUUGUUAACCACCUUCAACAUAGUUCUAACAUCAACUGAAAUCUAGAACAAUCUUUAGCCCUUCCCUUUUCAUAGGUUUCACAGUUUUUGCAGCAGUGUUAAUAUUCUUUUUUUUUCUGAAAACCAGUUCCCCAAUAUUCAUUGAAAAAAAUCUGAUUGAAUUUCCGCUUCUGGAAAUGAAAAUUGAUGAGAAACCGCAUGACAUGACAACAACAAUCGUUGGCCAACCAAAAUUCAAAGUUCGAAAUAUCUAUUUCUAUUUACAGUAAAUUCUUUCUCUCUCCGAUUCUCGCGCAAAAUGAUAAAAACAUCAAUGUUUGGUUAUAUCAAACGAUGAAUUAUCUCUCAUAGUAUCAAACCAAAGAAAAUAGAAUAUUAAAAACCGUUGCGGUUUCGAAGUUAAAUGAUCACACUUCUAUUAAUAGAGUCAUCGAACGAUUAUCUUUUUUUUCAAUCCAAUGUAUCAACGGAGAAUAAUAUCGAUGAUAUAUCAUUCUAUUUCCGGUAACAAAAAAUUCUUCCCUUGACAAAAAUAAAUACAUUGAUAAGGUGAAAUUAACAAAAAAAAUAAUAUCGAAUCAGAAGACAAUUCUAAAUUCGUGCACUCUGGAAACAUUGUAAAAAUAGUAAUAAAAUAAUAAAUAAACAACCGAUUAUUUAUGAAUCAUUAAUACACAUGUCGAAUGUAGAUUAUAUCUCGUAAGAGAGAAAGUUUUCGUAUAGAAAUUUUUUGUGAACUUUGCAUUUAGGUCAACCUAACUUCUCGUGUAUACAUUUCUUUUAAAUUAUAAAUGGUUUAUCCGCCGGUUCGGAUUAAAGUUCCAAUAUUUAAAUGGUAUAUUUGUAUUUUCCCUAGGAUGUAGAACUUAUUCAAGUUUUAUAAUUUAUGAAUUUUGCAGGUCUCGAGAUCAUGGAGAAAAUAAAGAUUUACUGCAUCCGGGAGAAGAAAAUGAAGAGGAAAAGAGUACUUUUAAUUUACACGAAGACUAUGGAGACGGGUUAUAUGAUGAUUCAUAUUUAGUUGAUCAAAAGCCGAUGAGAAAAGAAACUACAUCCGAGUUCUUUAAUCGUAAGAAACUCGUUGAAUCUCAUAGAAAACGAAUUAAAAUUAAUUUUAGGUCAAUAUCAUAAUAUUGUGCAUUUUUUUGUUGAAGACUGGUUUAUUUCUGCAAUGCUUGGAACUAUUACUGCUAUUUUAUCUAUCACUAUCGAUAUUGCUAUUGAAGGACUUGUUCAUUGUGAGUUUAAGAUCCAAUUUAUAACCAGAUUUAUACGCGAAAUAUUUCAGUGAAACAUGAUAGAUACAAAAUCCUUGUAGCAAACGCCAAUUAUUAUGGAUUUAUUUUUUGGGUUUCAUUCACAUCGAUUCUUGUAUGUGCUGCAUCUUUUGUUUGUCAUGCAAUAAGUAAAGAAGCAAUUGGAUCCGGUAUUCCACAAGUCAAAGUUAUUAUUCAUGGUUUUACACUUAAAAACUAUUUGUCUCUAAAAACAUUAGUUGCAAAAAUCAUUGGAAUAACAUUGGUGCUAGGUUCUGGAUUACCAGUUGGUAAAGAAGGACCGUUUGUACAUAUUGGUGCAAUUAUUGCAACACUUUUAAAUCGAAUUACUGCAGCAUGCCAAUUAACAUCAUUUUUCUCGAAUGAAGGAAGAGCGAUGGAAAUGUUGAGUAUUGGAUGUGCUGUUGGAAUUGCUUGUACAUUCUCAGCUCCAAUGGGUGCUGUAUUAUAUGGUAUUGAAUCGACAUCCAAAUAUUUCGCAGUCAAAAAUUAUUGGAGAUCAUUCUUUGCAACAACUUGUUCUGCUCUUAUUUUCCGUUAUAUUCUUGCUGAAAUGGAUCAAACAACAGGUUAGUUGUUUCUUUCUGUUUGAAUCUCUAAUUCUAUUUGUAGAUGGAACCAUUUAUGCUUAUUAUCAAACGAAUUUCCCGCAUGAUGUAUUUGUGAGUAUGGAACUUGGAUUCUUCGUUCUUCUUGGAGUUUGUACUGGUCUUCUUGGAGCUCUGUUUGUUUGGUACCACAGACAAAUCGCGUUGUGUUUGAAUAAUGAAUUCUGUAAAAAACAGUAAGUUCUACCUGUUUUUUCUAUCAAUCCAACCUGUUUGAUUUCCAGUUCUAUUUUGAUAACAACAAUGUGCGCAGUUAUAUUCGCAGUGAUUUCUUGUCCAGAUUUUAUUGGGCAACAUUUUGCCGGUGGUUUAACUUUCAGAGACAGUAUAAUCGACUUCCUCUCAAAUUGUUCAAUUACUUUGGAAGGAACUAACUACAGUGGAUUUAUUUGUGGUGAAGAAACACAAAAAAGAUGGGCUGGAAGUUCAGGAGAAUCUCAUUUACAAACAUUAAUUCUUUAUUUCUUGGUUUAUGUAAGUUUACCAACUAUAAGUAAUUCUGAUUCUGUAACCUCCUGUAUUCAGUUCUUGGUUGUUCCAAUUUGUAUCAGUCUUCAUAUUCCAUCUGGUAUGUUCGUUCCUUGUUUCGUUAUUGGUGCAUGUGGAGGAAGAAUUGUCGGAGAAAUACUUGCUGGAUCAACAUUUUAUAAAAGAAGCAUAAUUUAUCCUGGAUUAUAUGCUGUGGUUGGAGCUGCUUCAUUCACUGGUUCAGUUACUCAUUCAUUAUCGAUUGCUUUGAUUGUUUGUGAAACAACUGGACAACUUUGCGCAUUAUUGCCAGUUUUGGUGAGUUGUUAACGUGUUUUUGUAUGUUUGAAAAGUAACAAUUUCAGAUUGCAUUGAUGAUUUCAAAUGCUAUUUGUUCUUUCCUUCAACCAUCUAUUUAUGAAUCAAUCAUCAAAAUUAAAAAUUAUCCAUAUCUUGCUGAUCUUCCACCCAGUCGUGUUUCUGUCCAUCAAAUGAAAGUUGAUAGAAUUAUGGUUAAAGAUUUGGUGUUCAUCACAAGAAAUACAACUUAUCGAGAACUUCGAGAGAUUCUACUAAUGAGUGAUAAACGUAUUCGAUCGUUCCCAUUUGUUACAGAUAAUGGUAUGAGAAUGCAAAAAUUAUAAGUGUAUGAAAUUAGUUUUAUUUAGAAUCUAUGACUCUUUUGGGAAGUGUUGCUCGGAAAUAUUUGAACUACUUGUUGGAAAGAAAAAUUGGCCCAGAACAAGAAAUGUUUUCAAAAAGAAGGUGAGUAUUAAAAGCUUCAAUUAUUCUAUCUUUUCAUAUUCAGAACUCCAUCUUUUAAACAGAAACUUGUGUAAGUUGAAAUGUAUUUGAAUAUGAAUAUUUCCCCACUCCCAGCAUGUUUCUGAUUUUGAGUUCAACCCACCAACACUUCUAGUUCACGUAGAUAGAACAGUUUUGGUUGAUUUUAAUUUCUGUCAAUUUGUUGUCAAUAAUUUCAGAAGUCGCACUGCAUCAGAAUUGUUCAACACUAUUCAAAAUUUAAGGUGUGUUUGUGAAUGCAACUUUUUUUCUUUUCUUUCCCUAUUCACGCAUAGGAAAUAUCUAACAAUAGAUAUAGAUAUGCAUGGCUUUAGAUGACCUUUUAACCGUUCGCCCUUAUUCAGAAAGUAUUCUAGACGUGGAUCUAAUUUGGGCGUGAAUGGAUCUGCUCAUAAUAAUACACAUCAGAUGUUGACAGAUAGAAAUAUUUCUGGAAAUACUCUUUUACCACAAUCUCCACUUCAUGAAGAUCAGGUAAUUCAGAAAUUGAAUAUGGAAAAAAUUAAUUAUAAUUUAAUUUGAAGGGAGAUCGUAGUCCAUUGGCACCAUUAUUAUACUCUCAAAACACAUAUGAACCAGUUUGUUAUUCAUUACAAAAACGAAAUGAGAUUUUAUCAAUGAAAUUGGAUAUGUUGGAUGUUGCAAUCGAUCCAGCACCAUUCCAACUUGUUCCAGGAACAUCUCUCUACAAGGUAUUUUUAGUAUGAUCUUACGAAAUUCAAAUUAUUACUGAUUUAUAGGUCCACACCUUAUUCUCUCUUUUGGCUUUGAAUCAUGCUUAUGUUACUGAAAAAGGUCGACUUGUUGGAGUUGUUGCUGUUUCUGAUCUUCGCCGCGCUUUGAAUGAUAUUUACAGUCGAGGAGCUGUUGUGCCAAAACAACGAAUUCGUACAUCAACAUUCAGAUUGAAUCCAGAUAAUGAUGAAGGUAAAGAACACCGAAAAUCAUCAAAAUUAAAAAACUAAAAAAUUUAUAGAUGGAGAAGUUGAUUCAACUGAUACAACUACAAAUGCUGAUACGAUUGACUUGAAAAAACCACGUGUUACAAUUGAAAUUCCAGAUGAAGAUAAAUAA